AUGAACUUUCUCUUCCUGCUCCUCCUCCUCACCUCUCUCACCGCCGCUGCGGCCGUGAUGCGCCAAAACUCAACCGACCUCACGCCCUUCACCUUCCUCGGGCGGUGCUCCGUCCCCGCGGGCUACCGGCACCCCAGUCUCGAAGAACUCGGCGGCCUCUCGCCGCACAGCGUCAAGAAGUGCCAGUCCUUCAGCGGCAGCCCGGGCGCGGCCGACGUGGCGGCGCUGAGUAAGUCAAUCGUGAAGCGGCGGGCGUGCUGCGUCAAGAAGCACGGCGCGGGCAAGUGUAACACGCUGCGCAGGGUGGGCAAUGCGGAGGCUGUGAUCUGUGGCGAGGCCGGGUGGUGCCAUCCGUGUGGCAUGGUGGCGGUGCUGGUCGCGGAUAUUGCGAGGAGCUGUAAGUGGGGGGAGGGUGGGGAGGUGUUUGCGGCGGGGACGUGGAAUGUGAAGGUGGGUGGGAGGGGGAGUGUUACGGUGUUGGGAAUGUAG